CGUCAUCAUUACCACCACGAGAGACUACAUCAUGGCGAACGCAGGGCCCUCGGGAUCCUCUUCAUCGGCAUCCAUGGCGAGGGCAAAUUUCGAGCUCAACAAUGACAUGAUCGAUCUUGACCCGGCAAAGGACGCCAUUUUCCACUUUGACAAUGACCAGCAGAAGCAGGCGUUAAAUGCUGCGCCCUGGAAGAAGGACCCGCACUUCUUCCAGACUGUCCGCAUCUCAGCAGUUGCUCUCAUCAAGAUGGUCAUGCAUGCUCGCUCGGGCGGCAUCUACGAGAUCAUGGGCCUGAUGCAAGGCAAAAUCGACAUUCCCAACAGGACUCUCUGGGUCAUGGAUGCCUUUGCGCUCCCUGUGCAGGGAACUGAAACGCGAGUCAACGCUCAGAAUGAGGCGUACGAGUACAUGGUGGAGUACCUCGAGAGCAGCAAGCAGGUUGGAAGGCUUGAGAAUGCCAUCGGUUGGUACCAUUCGCAUCCCGGAUACGGAUGCUGGCUAUCGGGCAUCGAUGUCAACACGCAAAUGACGAAUCAGCAAUUUCAGGACCCCUUUGUGGCGGUCGUCAUCGACCCCAAUCGUACCAUAUCAGCUGGUAGAGUCGACAUCGGCGCCUUCAGGACGUACCCCAAGGACUAUACACCUCCCAACGCAUCCUCCUCCGAGUAUCAGUCCAUCCCGCUGGAUAAGAUCGAGGACUUUGGAGUGCACGCCAACUCAUACUACCCGCUCAAGGUCGAGCACUUCAAGUCUUCGCUCGAUGAGAAGCUCUUGGGCAUGCUCUGGGAGAAGUAUUGGAUCGCAACCUUGUCGCAGAGCCCCUUGGUCGUCAAUCGCGACUACAUGACUGGCCAGACCAAAGACCUCGCAGAGAAGCUUGCUCAGACACGCCGCUCCGCCCAGGGCAGAAGCAUCACCACACAGCCUGUAGGCAAGGGUGGGGGCGGCGGCGGCGGAGGAGGUAACAGCAUCGUGCCCGGCAGCAGUUCGGGCGACGACAGAGGAGGGUCUUCCUCCAAGUCCGGCUCGACCUCACAGCCGCCUGCUGUAGCGUCUACGUCGUCGGCUGAAGCGGCUGCGGAGAACGCAGCGAAGAUGGCAAAUGACGUGCGUAAGCGCGAGGACGAGACACCGCUGAACAAGGUAGUGAGGGACGGAUCCAAACUCUCGACCGAAGCUCAGCAUGGUUUGAUGACGCAAGUCCUGAAGGACAUCCUCUUCAAUCGCGCGUCGACUGGCGCUCCCCUUCCCUCCUUUUGAUAGAGAUGGCGAGAUAUCAUGAUAUGUGUGCCCGCGCUUUGCGAGACGACGCUUUCUCUUCCAGUCGCUCGCUAGCCCGCCCAAUCAUAGCAUCUCAGACACUAGUCGCCGUGGCCUUUUGUUUAACAGUCGAGGCCUUCAUCUAGACGGCCCAUUCUCUGAUGAGAAUUGAGCAGCCGCUCUGACCGCCUCCCCUUCUGCGUUCGUUGUCCCAUGACCUCACGCUUGACACUCGACGUCGCCGGGCGGUGUAGGAGCAGCGCGGGCCGCCCGCUCUCUCUCCGUUCUUCCUGGAGCUUGCGUCAAAUCUUGCUUGCUCCAGCUCCAGCUCCGGCUCGAGGCAGAGAGGAUGGGGCGAUGGUUGAUUGAUGAUGCGGUGCAGGCCGCGGCGGCCAAGGAGAGG